UUAAAAAUAGUGUUUAUGAGAAAGUUUUUAUGUUACGCCAUAGAAUGAGGAAUAGCUCGAUACGCUGCUAAUACCCAUUGAGGAUCGGAUGGCUGAAGUGGCACGCGACGCAAGGUCGGCUGCGCAGUGCGGAUCUAAGUAGCCGCAGCCGCCACCCGACAGUCUCAGCAAGACGAACGCGCGCGCCACUCGCUGAUUUGGCGCAUGCGCUGUGCCUUCAAGUUACUUACCAGUUGGACAGCAGCGCGCGAAUUGAAGUGAUAAACGUGCCGUGAUUUGUAUUCCACAAUGAUUUUCAACUUGAAAAUAUUCGAUGCGGUGCCAGCGCGAUUCAACGUGGCUCUGAUGAUGUUCUUCGCGUGCUGGGUCAACUACAUGAUGCGCGUCAACAUGAGUGUCAACAUCAUCGCCAUGGUGCCCGACGUCAACGCUGUCACCUCGGUGAAAAGCGAAUGCAAGGCCAUAGUGACGAACGACAGCCUGUUGUAUAAUGACAGCGCAACCGUGGUCAUGAAGCGAGAGUUACGACAGCCGGAAGGAGUGACGACUUUCGACUGGAGUGCCCAGCAACAGGCAUACGUGUUAUCUGGUUACUUCUGGGGCUACGCCAUCACGUGUCUGGUGGGGGGCACGGCGGCCGAGCUGUGGGGGCCCAGGAAUGUGGUCUUCGUGACCAUGCUCAUCAGCGCGCUGUUGACCACACUGAGCCCUCAGUGCGCCAGGUUACAUUACUUGGUGCUCGUCGCUGUGCGGUUCGUCAUUGGAUUGGCUGCGGGUUUCCUCUUCCCGGCGUUGCACGCUCUAGUCGCCCACUGGGCGCCGCCGGCGGAAAAGGGCAAGUUCGUGAGCGCCCUCCUGGGCGGGGCCAUCGGCACAGUGGUGACCUGGUCGCUCACUGGGCCGCUCAUCGAAAACUUCGGCUGGGACUACGCUUUUUAUGUGCCAGGUAUAAUCGGUAUAGCGUGGUGCGUGUUGUGGUGGGUGCUGGUGUAUGACUCGCCGCAGCAGCACCCUCGUAUCUCCGACAAGGAGAAAAAGUACAUCCUCGACGCAAUCGGCGAUAAAGUUCAACAUGAUUCUGAUACUAAGAUCGUUCCACCGUUCAAGAAGAUCCUGACCUCAUUCCCGUUCUUGGCCAUGGUGAUCCUCCACUAUGGCAGCAACUGGGGUCUAUACUUCGCGAUGACAGCUGCUCCUAAGUUCGUGUCCAGCGCGCUAGGGUUCAACCUCACCUCUACCGGCACACUCGCAUCCCUGCCCUACCUGGCUAGAAUGAUAUUUUCCUUGAUAUUCGGCGCUAUCGGUGACAGGAUAAUGAAACAAAACGUGGUGUCAACUACAUUCAUGAGGAAGUUCUUCUGCUUGUUCUCCCACAUCGUUCCUGGAUUGCUCCUCAUCGCUCUGGGGUACACGGGUUGCGCGCCCAUACUCUCCGUGGUCCUGAUCACUUUCUCCAUGGGGUCUAACGGUGCUGCCACACUGACGAACCUGGUCAACCAUCAGGACCUAGCUCCGAACUUCGCGGGAACUCUGUACGGCAUCGCCAAUGGAAUCGGCAACACAGCUGGGUUCGUCACUCCACUGGUCACUGCUCACUUUACGAAAGACGGGAAUGGUUUUAACGAAUGGCGGCCAGUGUUCAUUACCGGCGCAUCUCUAUAUAUCGCGUCAGCUGUUUAUUUUAUGCUGUUCGGCACGAGCGAAACCCAGGAGUGGAAUUACAUACCACCAGUGGAGGAGGAACAAGACAAGCGACCCAGUGCCAACUCCACCGACACCACUGUCACGAUACCCGUGAAGUCAUAGAAUUUUCUCCACAGUAGUAUUAAGUAAACAGGUAAUGCAAAAGGUUGUUAACUUCUGUAUUGAUUUGCGCGCUAGAAGGCCAGAACUGAUAUUUCCUUCCAUUGAAGAUUCAAUCGCAAGAAGAUAUUUUAUAGAAUAUUUUUUGUUCUUGUAGCACCCUUGCUUAGGGAAACUCACAAAUAGAAAAUUAAAUCGAUAAAAUCUGACUGUGCUAUUCUAUGGGUUCAAGAUCCGACCAGGUCAAUUGUUUUUUCUUUUUAAUUGUCAAUUUGUGAAUAUUUUAUAGAGUCAGAGAUGGUAGCAGUGAUACAAUGUGCUGUUCUCGGAAGGAAAAAGGCACAAAAUGUAUGUAAAAAGAGCUUUAUCGUAUACAAAGCAGAGGUCCGUGUUGCUCUAUGGGCAGUUAGGAUCAGAGUACAAGAAAGAAGAGAAUAAACAAUUUGUAAAAAAAAACAGCCAGUGUCCUUAUUAUUAAAGAGUUUUUGCAAAAGGAACAUUACUUUGGAGAGAUUCUCGGGAGCACACAUUACUGGAUGGUAUAUAUUAUAACAUGAAUUGACCAGGUACCAGCCUUGCAUCCAUUGAGGUUGACCUAAGCAAUGAAAUGAAGGUACUUAAUUAUCGUUAAUUUUAAAGUGUUGAAAAGAAUAUGCGAGCUUAAACAAAAGUGAUAACUUCUAUUAGUAUAAGUUUUAAUUGUUAUUGGCGUGUUGUCCGAAUUCUGUAUCGAUUUUAUGUAGGUAGGUAAGCAUUUUUUUCUGUCGAUUAAUGAAGGUUGUGUAAAAUGUAUUAAUUGUGACCAAUAUGAAAAAUUUUGUAUUGUUAAACUAUAUGUUAGCAGGUACAGUCAACUAUACAGGGUGUUGUGACACCAUAACAAAAACUUUGAGGAUGAUUCACACCUUGCUUUGAGUUGUGACCGAAAACUAAGAAACAGAAAAUAAUUAAUUUUCCGAUAGGAAAUUCCACUUGAUAUCAACUCAGAAUCAUGGUUUGAAUCAUCCUCAAAAGUUGUCGUUACGGUGUGUAACCUAACCUAACACCCAUAUAUGUAUCCGUACGGCUACCUGUACGUAUUUGUACGGGGUGUAAGUGACAUCGUAACUUAUACUGAGGGGGAUGAUUCACAGCUCAUGAUUCUAAUUUAAUAACAAGUGUAAUUUUUCAUAAAAAUACAUUAAAAUAUCUUAAAAAAAUAAUAAUUUAGCGACCAAAAUUCCCCUUGAUAUUAACCCAGAAUCAUGAGCUGAAUCACCCUUGCAGUGUUCGGUACGUAGUCACUAACGCCCUGUAUUCACAAAUCGAGUGUAUCCAAAUGGCGCGUGCAAAGUUACAAAUAAGCAUGAAAUAAUAAUGAAUGUAACCUAUCUCGUUUUUACGUACUUACUUAACUAGAUAAUAAAGAAAGUAACUCUACCUCUUUUAAAUCAGAGAAAUUGAUAAAAGAAACGGAGCCUUUAUUUCUGAUUUCGUAUUGAUUCGUAACAUUACGCUCGCCUUUGUGAUACACACUUAUUGGGACAAAAAUUUCAUAUGAACAAUGACUGGAUACUUAAUGUGCUUGGAGCAUAGAAUAAGGAAUAAUACUAAGUACGUACUUACUUAUAGAACAGCAACUUUCCACCCCCCUCGGUCUUACUUUAGUCUUCAAUCAUAUGGGUGUCAAACAUCACAUACACAGAUGCGCAUGAGCACGAUAACGUCAAUGUGUAGUGUCUGUGUAAAACGAGGUUUCUUGUAUGAAGUCUCCGAGGUGUUUAGAGAAUGUGUACAGUUGGUCCAAUCCAGGCCUUGCAGAGCACUUAAAUAUCUUGUAAAUAUUCAGUACCUACUCUAUUUACUCUCUUAUCUAAAAUUUAAGUGCACGCAAGCUUGCUGUGGCUGAAAGCGAAAGCGAAAAAAAAAACUUUGCUCUAUGCUGCGCCACCGUCUGUUUGAAAACUGUAAUGUAGGUAUCCCAGUAGGUUAUUUAUUUAAUAAAAAAAAAAAACUUAAAAUGUUAUACUUGUUUAAAGUCCUAAAAUUGACGUAUUUAUGUCGUUAACUGUAGACGAAAAGACAAAAG